AAUCAAACGACUGGAGCCGACGCCAACGGUUGUCAAGGUCAAAGCGACAGUAGUCAAAGUAGAGGCACGAUGGUCAAGAAGAAAGGAAAAUCCAAGCGUUUAUCGCUGCACAAGAAGUACAAGAUCGCACGUAAGGUGCGUGAGCACAAGCGCCAGGAGCGUAAGGCCGAGAAGCUGAACCAGCACAAGAAGAAGAAAGACCCGGGUAUCCCCAACAAUUGGCCGUUCAAGGAGGAACUGCUUCUGCAGGUGGAGCAGGCGCGUCUGGCUGAGAUUGAUGCCCAGCGUCAGGCGCAACAGCAGCGCAAAGAGGACAAGAAGAAGGCCAAACAGUUGGCCAAGCUUCAGCGCAAUUUGGCCAAUGACGUUGCCCCCGUGACCCCUCUCAGCGUCGAAAUGCAGGCUAAGAAAGACCUUAAGCACGCUGUACAGACGGCCGAUGUGGUACUUGUAGUGCUGGACGCGCGCGAUCCGCAAGGUUCUCGCUCUCUGUCUCUUGAGGACGGCCUGGUAGCCAAGGGCCAGAAGAAAAUCGUGCUUGUACUCAACAAAAUCGACCUGGUGUCGGCCGAGACGGCCCAGAAAUGGGUCACAUAUCUGCGUCGCUUCCACCCAACGAUCCCCGUGCGUGCAUUGAACACUAAGAUCUCGGACAGCUCUAAGAAGACCAAGCAGGAGAAGGGCCACAAGGCCCUGUACGACCGUCAGCAGGAGAUCAGCGGCAUGCGCGACAACGGAGAGGUACAGCCGCUCCGAGUGUUCCUGGACAGCCUGGCCGACAAGACGGACAAACCCAUCAACGUCGCUGUUGUCGGAUACCCCAAUGUGGGCAAAAGUACGCUCAUUAACUCGAUCAAACGUCGCCAAAUGGUCAACGUGGCCAGCAUCCCGCAGUCCACCAAGACAGCACAGGAAGUGCACUACGGAGAGAAGAUUGUGCUCGUGGACUGUCCUGCUUUGGACCCAGACUACAGCGACGAGUCGUCGGCCAUUAUGCGGCACGGUAUUGCCGGAGUCUUCGUGGAAGACCCUGUCCCUGUUGUGAAGAGCGUGAUCGAACGUGGAGACGCCAUGAACCUCAUGCAGACGCUGCAGAUCCCAGUGUUCCGGAAUCAUGAAGAGUUCCUGGCCAAGCUGGCCAUCAAGCGUAACAUGCUCCGUAAAGGUGGAGACCCGGACAUCCUCAUGGUGGCCCGGACAUUCCUGCAGAAUCUAGGCAAGGGCGUGUACUGCCCGUCGUGUCUGCCGCCUGCCAAGUCCAAGUCGAGAUUUGAGCUGCCGGAGUGGUACGAGACACUGGAUCUGUCUAAGCUUCCUGACGCCGAGACGCUGCUCUACAGUUCCAACCCGACGGGCCACAAGCGCGUGCUUACGUUUAAGGCCGCUCCAGUCUCCCAUGCCGCUGGUGAGACGACUGAAUACGACCUCGUUAUGGGCCAACUGCCCGAAAACGACGGCCUCACAUCGGACGAGGACGAGGACGGAGAUGCCAACAUGGAUGAGGAGGAGGAAGAGAUGAGUGACGACGAGGAAUAAACGCAGCCGCUAUGGGGAUCAGAUGCACCGUCGACAGUUAGUAGAGUCGAUGAAGCACACGUUGCUCUCCAGAGUUUUAGCCCUAGACCGAUACAUGUACUUAUUAACUCUUGAAGCACUAUGGCAGUUCAGAUGACUA